AUGUCCUCUUCAACUUCAACUCUCUCAAACACUACUGAUCCAACUCCGGAUAUACCAUAUACCGUGCCUCUCCCCACUGGUACACCCAAAGAUCACACCACUCACACAGAAUCAACCACUACAAUAUUCUUACCUAAAGCAGGAGCUUUCUUGAAUCCCGUUCAACAUUAUAAUAGGGAUAUGAGCGUUGCUGUCAUCAGAGCUUGGAAUGAAUUGAGAAAAGAAGAAUUGGAAGCCAGAUUCAGAUCUAAAUUGGAGAAAAGAGGUGGAUUACCGAAAAAGAAAAGUAAAUCGAAGAAAAAGGCUGGAGUAGAGGAAGUAAAAGAGCACAAAGUAGCUGAAGAAUCUGCAGCAGAUGCCCAAGCUGAGGAAGGACCACCAGUGAUGACCGGAGAAGAAUCUGUAGCUGGACCCUCAACAGAGCGCAAGUUCAGACCACCAUCCAUAAAUAUUCUAGAAGCUCUUGCUGCGACCGGAUUACGUUCAAUCAGAUAUGCGAAAGAAAUCCCAAAUGUCAAAUAUGUCCUCGCAAACGAUCUUUCACCGUCUGCAUGUGAAGCUAUGAGAAGAAAUGUAGAGUUCAAUGGUGUAGGGGAAGAUUCUUUACGCGUCCGCACAUCACUGCAGCCAGCGCAAGAUGCAGACGGGUCAGCAGAAGAGCGAUCUGCUGCCGACACUGUCGAAGUCAAGAAAGAGCAGCCUUUAGGAGACGAAGAAAGUAAAGCUGAACCUCAAGAGGUUGUAGAAGCAGAAGAAGGUGUUGAACCUAAAGAUCGUGUAGGAAGGAGGCCAGACUGUAGAGGCAGAGUGAAGAUCAAUGAAGGGGAUGCUUGCGCCUUCAUGUAUUCACAUAGAUCACCUGUUGGUCCAUCUUCCAGAGUAGAUGUAGUGGACUUAGAUCCAUAUGGAACGGCCGCUCCUUUCAUUGACGCUGCUUUGGGAUGUAUCUCAGAUGGAGGUCUGCUCGCUAUCACAUGUACAGAUUUAGCUGUUCUUGCAGGACAACAAUAUCCCGAAAAAUGUUAUUCAAACUAUGGAGGAGUCAACGUUCACGCUGAAUACACCCAUGAAGCUGCUCUUCGAUUAGUCUUACACUCAAUAGCAACUUGCGCAGCUCGAUAUGGUCGAUAUAUCACUCCUUUAUUAUCAUUCUCUAUCGAUUUCUACGUUAGAUUGUUUAUCAGGGUUGAUACUAGACCUGAACAAGUAAAACGUUUAGCAAGUAACACAGGGGUAGUUUAUACGUGCAAUUUCUGUGAAACACCUGUGAUUCAACCUUUCGGUAGAAUAAUAGAGAAAGAGUCUGGUAAAGGUGUUAAGAUGAAUUCAUUCAAAACCCACGCGGGACCAACUGCAACUGAUGGUUCGCAUUGUGUGGAAUGUGGUGGUACAAUGCAUCUCGGUGGACCACUUUGGCUUGGACCCAUACAAGAUCCCAUUUUCGCUAAGAGAGUGAUGAAUGAUAUUUCUUCACAAGAAAAAGAGUACAAGACUUAUUCGAGGAUGUUGGGCAUGUUGUCCCUCGCAGCUCAGGAACUUCCUGAUCCCUUUUUCUUCACUGCUAAUAGAAUAGGAAAGAGUGUACAUAUGUCUUCCAUACCCCUAACGAAAAUACUAUCUGCAUUGCUAAAUGGUGGAUAUAAAAUCUCAAGAUCACAUGCACAAGCAGGUGCAAUCAAGACAAAUGCCCCUAGAUCAUUCAUCUACGAUAUAAUGAGAGAACAAGCUAAAGUGACACCGAUAAGGAUAGAUAAGAUCUCAGAGGGGUCACCAGCCAGAAAACUGAUCAGCAAACCUAUGACACACACAAUCGAUUUUACACCUCAUCCAGAUGCGUCUCUCGAAAGAACAGGAAAAGAGACCUUCUACCAAAUUAAUCCAUUACCUAAUUGGGGUCCCGCACCUAAAGCUAAAAGUAUACAAGUGACAGUGACGGAUAAUGAAGGUAAACGAAAAGUGCAAGAGAUUGAAGUAGCGGAAGGAGAAGAAGUCGAAGUCAGUGUUAAAAGAACAAAAACAGGAAAUGAGAGUGCAGAGGCCAUUGAUGUAGAUUUACAGGCAGAAGAGAAAGUGGACGGAGGGAAGAUUCAAAAGGAAGAAGAGAUGAUGAAUGUCUAA